AUGGUCAAAGGAUUGAAAUCACGAGGAGGAGCAACGGCUUCUUUUUCUCUGCCUCCGGGGCCUCGCGGCUUGCCGAUUGUUGGCUACAUCCCAUUUCUCAUCUACAACGGGAAGAACAUUCCACUUCACCGGCAGUUCACCGACCUCGCGGCCCAAUACGGGCCCAUCUUCAAGAUCCGGGUCGGCAGCCAGCUCCACGUCGUGGUCAGCUCGCCGUCCCUGGCCAAACAAGUCCUUCGGGACGACGAAUCGAACUUCUCGAGCCGCGACCUCCCGCUAGCGAUUCGAGUUUGGACCUACGGUGGGCUGGACCUCUCUAGCCUGCCAAUGAGCCAAGACUGGAACUCGAUGCGGAAAGUGGUGCUCAGGGAAGUGCUAAGCAACCCUAGCUUGGACCGGUGUUAUGAACUGAAACGGAGCGUGGUGGUGAAGGCACUCAGGGAAUUAGUUAGGAGCUGCGGCAAGCCGGUUGGCGUGUUGGAGUUGGCGAAUAAGAUGGUUGCGAAUGCGACUAUGGCCAUGUCGUGGGGAGGAAGGGAUGAUGGUGACGUUGACAACGAGGAGGCUCGACGAUUGUGUGAAGAGGUGAUGGCGCUGAUGGAGAAGCCGAACGUCUCCGACGUGUUCCCACUUCUUGCGAGGUUCGAUCUUCAAGGGAUUGGGAGGAAAGCGGCGGAGGUGGCUGGACGUUUUGACCGCAUCAUUACCUCCGUGAUUCAGAAACGUUUCGAUGGUAAAGGGUCGUUAACUAUGGUUGACGGCCGAGAGAUGAAGGAUUUGCUGCAGAUUUUGCUGGAGAGUAGGGAGAGGACAUUACACCGGGCGGGGCGGGAAUGGUAGCAACCGUAAUCGAGUGGGCGAUGGC